AUGAAGUAUAUCACAAUUGCCAUCAUAGGUCUCAUCUCCUUCGUUAAUGCUCAGAGAUGCAACAACGAUAACUGCGCCCGUGCCGUAACUGGCACCAGGGCCGGUAUCCCCGUGGACAUCUCAUCCCGCCGCUCAGACUGUUCCUCUUACAUGCAGACCACCGUCAUCCCGGACACACUCACUUCAACCGUCACCACCACAGUUUACACCGACAACAUCCCUCCAACUCCCACCACCACCUUCUCCCAGUCUACAACCCGCGCCCCAGUCACGCAGUCUCCAACCUCAGUCCCCUCCUACGCAUCAUCCUGCGCCGGACUCAGCGCCUACUCCUCCGCCUGCAGCUGCUGGUCCAUCACGCCCUCCGUAACAACCCUCCCGGCGCCAGUCACCACCGUCACAGCAACC